AUGGCCUUCUCCUCGCAGGGCGCAACGACCAUGUUGCAGCCUCUUACCGAUCUGCACGCUGCCACCGACCCUGCAGCCGUGUCGCAGGUGUUGAAGAAGAUCAAAUAUGAGCUCAGCGGCCAUUCCUCGCGCAAGGCCGACUUUGUUCACAACGGCCUCAUCCAUCUGCUCGACAAGUCCUUGGCCGGCCUGGUCGUAACUCCACGCACCGAUGAAAAUGAGCUGACCUUGACUCAUACCGCCCAGGUGCUGUGUGUCAUUGCUCACGAAGGCCCUUCCUUCGUGCAGCCCAUUCUUGAGACAGACAUCUUGCAGAGUCUCCUCAGAUGCCUUCUUCAACCUCUCGCGUCCAAAACUGUUCUUACCAUCCUAAGAUGUCUCAACGCCGUCGCCGAAAACAUGCCUCCUUCGAGCCCGGGUCAAUGGCCGCAAGAUGGCAGACUGGCAGAUUUGUUGUAUUCGAAACAAUACAUCCAAAGCACCACGAGAGUUGUUGGGAUUGCUGGAGAAACACUUGCCUCGCAACAGGCAUGUGAUGCAAUGCUCGCCCUGCUCGCCAAAACCCUGUCAUCUGAGCAACAUAAACGAGCCCUGGUCGAUAAUGGUAUGCUGACCAUCUUGGCUGCGCGUCUGGCAUCGUUUGUGGUUUCCGAGGGCCUGGUUCCCCCCGACACCGAGGCCUUGGACAGCGACAAUGGCGACGUUUCCAUUCUUCCCGAUCCUGCACCGUCCUUCGCCCACCUCUCUCCCGUGCUGGAGACUAUUUGCCUCUUCAUCGAGCGGUCUUCAGAUCGUGCAGCAACUUUCCUGACCGACCCUUCCAUCAAGGCCGUCUUUCCAGAUAUCAAGGACGAUUUUGCCCCAUCUGAUAUCCGACGAGCUCCAUCGGGGGCUGCUUAUUUCUCGGGGGGCGCCGUGCCUCGUUCACGCCCGCAAGGCCCCUUUGAUGCUCUUCUACCCUUGACCCUGGUACUCGAGAAAUCGAAUUCACCCUUUCCGCCCCUACCACCCCUGGGGUCUACUGCCGCCAUCCCAAAACGUCGAGCAUCAUUCCACCCAGCUACCCCUACUUUCCAGCAGCCUAGUCCGGAGCAGGAUCCAGAUGACCUCGAGGAGAGCUCGGUAAUUUCCUGGCUCCUAUAUAUGGUUCGUGCUUCAAAAGGGAAGAGGCGCAUGCUCGCGGCAAAACUGCUUGUCAAUCUGUACAGUCUGAAUUUUGUGAAGAAGGAACGAGGGACGUCAUUUGCUUCUUUGCUGGUGCCGAUUCUCACGCGAAUGCUCGAGGUCGAUGUGCUCAAGUCGGACUCCCUGCAGCAAGGUAGUGGAGUUUAUCUCGGAAAUGGUUUGCAUUAUGCAAAGGAGGUACCUGCUGUCCUUGCAGUGCUGAUCAUGGACGAUCCCGCCAUGCAAACGGUGGCCGUGGAAGGCCGUGCUAUUGUAAACCUGUCGACAGGUCUCAAGUCAACUUUUGAGGGCCCAUCCGGACGGAAACAAAAGCCGUGGCAACCUCGCAAAGCCCACGGAUCUCACGCAGAUGUCUCGAUACCUGCGGCGAAGCUCGGAGGCCCUGCUCCAAGUCCGGCGGUCAGGAGGGAAAUGGAGUAUCGCAAAGGGUGCCUACAAGCAUUGGCGGCGAUUGCUCCGUUUGACGACGAUUACCGCAGAGCGAUUUGUGACCAAGGGGUGCUGCAUUAUCUCGUCCUGUCUCUGGAACUAUAUCAGAUCGAAAACAUCGACGAUCCCGAGAUGGAGAUCACCGGCAACUCUGCCCCUGUCAUUAUGGCGGCUUGUGGUAUAGUACGAGUGCUGACGCGGUCAGUUAAAGCCCUGAGGACCAAAAUAAUUGAGGCAGAAGUCACGAAACCAAUUAUCAAGCUCAUGAAUUCGACAAACCCCGAGGUAAGAAUUGCCGCAACCCAGGUACUCGCCAACCUGGCAAUUGAUUUCAGUCCGGUCAAAGAAAGCGUGGGAGAUCCGAAUGUGGUCAAGAAGCUGUGUGAACAAGCACAUUCUGCCAAUGCUCGGCUUCGUUUUGAAUCGCUAUGGGCUCUGAAACAACUGGUUUGCAACUCCAGCAGGAAGCUGAAGCAAGAUGUGGUUGAUGAACUUGGUCCCAGCUGGAUCAAACUCUUGAUCAAGACUAACCCUGGCGACAUUCCUGAGGGUGAAGUGAUUGGCUUGGUUGAGCGAGAUUAUCCUCCUCUCUCAGGCUACCAACGGGCAUCUUCUGGCACCGAAAAAACCAACGAUAUAGUAAUGAGCGGAGGAUUUGGCGACAGCCGCCGACUCCCUCCCGGAAGGUCCGUUGGCGAUGCAGGCCUCGACCAAACCGGAUUUGAUAUGCGACAUACUCCAGAGGAUGACACGGAGAUACAAGCCCAAGUCUUGGAUCUGCUCCGCAACUUGUUCUGCGGCGACAAUGCUUCGGAGCUCGUCAAGUACAUCUUUGAUGAAUGGGGCCAGGACGAAUUUUUCCGCAUUAUGCUCGAUCGACUUCGUCCGCGCACACUCGCGGGUCCAACACGCAAGGAAAAUUCCUCGACGCCUGCACCGACCACGAUUGUCAUCAAAGUGCUUUACAUUCUUGCUCACAUUGGUGCCUGCGAGACCAAAUGGCGCAACCUCAUCACCAGCCAACAGGCUCUGAUGAAGCAGGUCCUCUCUUUCUCUGGGCAUGAGGAUCGCGAAAUUCGUGCCCAAGUCUGCUGGAUCUCCAUCAACCUGACGUAUGAAGAUGACAUGAGUGAACGUGCCGCAUGCAGGCAGCGCGCGCAGGAUUUACAACGGUAUGGGUACGUGACACACAUGAGAAAGCUGGAGGACGACGCAGACAUCAAUGUCAGAGAACGGGCCAAGACCGCUUUGCACUUGCUGAGUAAGUUGCUGUUGCCGUGA